AACUCACCAUGAAUGGGGUAUUCCGCGAUCUAUUCGACAAAUGCGUGAUAAUUUACCCGGACGACAUCCUAAUCUACAGCAAGACCCGGGAACAACAUUUGCAGGCGUUGGAAGCAAUUUUUCAGCGGUUGCAGCAACAUCGACUCAUCACCAAGGGCUCCAAGUGCGAGUUUUUAAAACAAGAACUGGAGUUCCUAGGGCACGUGAUCUCCACGGAGGGGAUUCGAAUAGACCCGAAAAAACUCAGGGCUAUUCAGGAGUGGAAACCGCCUGCAAAUCAGCAGCAGCUGCAAUCAUUUUUGGGUUUCGUGAAUUAUGUGCGGCGGUUUAUACCCCAUAUGGCGGGGUUAACUGGACCUCUAACCGACCUACUGCAGAAGGGAACAUUUUACGAGUGGGGGGAGAAGCAGCAAGCUGCGUUUGAGGCAUUAAAAACUCUUUUAAUGUCACCACCGGUACUUUGCAUCGCUGACCCGGAACGGCCCUUCGAAGUCAUCACCGACGCAAGUGACAUUGCCAUCGGAGCAGUGCUGAUGCAGGAUUUCGGCAACGGGCUUCAACCAAUCGCGUAUGAGUCUCGGAAAAUGCAAUCUGCUGAGCGCAACUACCCAGUACACGACAAGGAAAUAUUGGCGAUCGUCCAUGCGUUCAAAAUCUGGAGGUGUUACGUGACUGGAGCAGACGUGACGGUGCGAACCGAUCACAAAUCACUACAGUACCUGAGAGCGCAGCCGAACCUCAACCCGCGGCAGAUACGCUGGCUGGACUAUCUGGAGUCCAACUUCACGUACAAGAUCACGUAUAAAAAAGGCGGCAACAAUAUUGCCGACGCCCUUAUUCGACUGACGGGUAUUCCACGGGUAUUUGACAAAACUUUGAAGGCGUUGCAGCGGUUUUAUUACUGGCCAGAUAUGGUGACGGACGUGCAGCGUUACGUGGCCGCGUGUCCGAUCUGCCAGCGGAUGAAAUCCUCACACCAGCGACCUACAGGACUGUUACAGCCCCUCGAGCCACCUCAACGACCAUGGCAACACGUAACGAUGGAUUUCGUUACGGGACUACCGGCCGGACCCAGCGGAAACAACGCAGUGUUAGUUGUCGUCGACCGAUUGACGAAAAUGGCGCACUUCGCUCCAUGUCGUACAACCAUCACAGCCGAAGAAACAGCGCGCCUGUUCAUCUCGACCGUUGUUCGUCUACACGGGAUACCAGCAGCAAUCAUUAGCGAUCGAGAUCCGAAGUUCACGUCAAAAUUCUGGCAGGACACGUGGGCUCGAUACGGCACGCGUCUACAGUUCUCAUCCGCGUAUCAUCCCCAAACGGAUGGCCAGACGGAAAGGACAAAUCAAACGAUGGAGCAGCUCAUUCGGACAAACUGCCUCGACCGGAACAAAUGGGAGGAAGCGUUGCCCAUGUUGGAAUUUUCCUACAACAACGCGCCCUCGGCUACGACUAAUCACUCCCCGUUUUAUCUCAAUUACGGGAUGGACCCUACAGUGCCGAUCUCCACCAACAUUGAGAGUCAAGUACCACGAUCGCAGCAGUUCGUCGUAGAAUUACAGACUGCCCGAGACAAAGCUGUCGAACUUAUUCGCAAGGCAAACGCAACUGCCCGACGGUAUGCGGAUUUACAUCGACGGGAUAUUACAAUGGCAGCAGGGCAACUAGUCCUUUUGGACACCAAGAAUUUACGACUGCCACUACCGACGAAAUUACGACCACUUUUCUGUGGCCCAUUGAAGAUCGUGAAAAUGGUGACGCCGGUGACCGCCCAGUUACGCGUCUAUUACUUACGAAGCGGGACUGAUCGAAUUUGGGUCCCAAGGUAUCGUCUACUUCGCGAAUUACUUAUUCAAGAAGUCCACGAUUCGAAUUUAUCAGGACAUUUUGGGGUUGAUAAAACUCUGAAGGCGUUGCAGCGGUUUUAUUACUGGCCAGAUAUGGUGACGGACGUGCAGCGUUACGUGGCCGCGUGUCCGAUCUGCCAGCGAAUGAAAUCCUCACACCAGCGACUUACAGGACUGUUGCAGCCCCUCGAGCCACCUCAACGCCCAUGGCAACACGUAACGAUGGAUUUCGUUACGGGUUUACCGGCCGGACCCAGCGGAAACAACGCAGUGUUGGUUGUCGUCGACCGAUUAACGAAAAUGACGCACCUCGCCCUAUGUCGUACAACCAUCACAACCGAAGAAACAGCGCGCCUGUUCAUCUCGACCGUCGUUCGCCUACACGGGAUACCAGCAGCAAUCAUUAGCGAUCGAGAUCCGAAGUUCACGUCAAAAUUCUGGCAGGACACGUGGGCUCAGUACGGCACGCAUCUACAAUUCUCAUCCGCUUAUCAUCCUCAAACGGACGGCCAGACGGAACGGACGAAUCAAACGAUGGAGCAGCUGAUUCGGACAAACUGCCUCGACCGGAACAAAUGGGAGGACGUGCUGCCCAUGUUGGAAUUUUCCUACAACAACGCGCCCUCAGCUACGACUAAUCACUCCCCGUUUUAUCUUAAUUACGGGAUGGACCCUACAGUGCCGAUCUCCACCAAUGUUGAGAGUCAAGUACCACGAUCGCAGCAGUUCGUCGAGGACUUACAGACUGCCCGAGACAAAGCUGUCGAACAUAUCCGCAAGGCGAACGCAACUGCCCGACGGUAUGCGGAUUUACAUCGACGAGAUAUUACAAUGGCGAGACAAGGGGGGGGCGUGGUGGAGGGAAGGGUGGUGGGGGUGGUGGCGGUGGUGGAGGUGGGGGCGGGGACGGUAGUGCAGACGAGACGACCGGGGCUGGAGUUGCAGCAGUUCCUAGGCUUCGCUAAUUAUUACAACAGGUUCGUGCCACAGUAUGCGAAACUUGCAGCACCCCUCACGAAUCUGCUGAAGAAGAACACGCCCUAUAAAUGGGAACCAAAGCACCAAGAAGCCGUGGAGCAGCUGAAACAAGCGCUCACGUCCGCACCGGUACUCAUCUUGCCAGAUUCCGAACGCGACUACGUAAUCAAAGCUGACGCCAGCGACCAGGCAGUGGGAGCAGUCUUGAUGCAAGACCAGGGGAAUGGACUGCAACCAAUCGCCUACCUCAGCAAGAAACUACAUGGAGCAGAACUAAACUACCCGAUACACGACAAAGAGGCCCUUGCCAUCGUCAUCGCCUUCAAAGCAUGGAGAUGUUAUCUCAAAGGACGAAGAACAACCGUCUACACUGACCACUGCAGCCUGAAAUACUUGAAGACACAACCCAACCUUUCCAGGCGGCAGGUCCGGUGGAUCGACUUCCUCGAGACACACUUCCACUACGACAUCGUGUACAAGCCCGGCCAUAAAAACAAAGCAGACGCUCUUAGCCGGCCUGCACACUGGGACAGUGACAUCGCAUACCGGAAAGGAUCAACGAAAAUUUGGGUACCCAAUUACCCUCCUUUGCGCCAGUUACUACUCAAAGAAUACCACGACGUCCUAUAUGCCGGACACUUCGGUAGCAACAAGACGCUCACCGGUAUCGCCAAACACUACUACUGGCCCCACAUGGCAGAUGACGUACAGAAAUUCGUAACCUCGUGUGAUACAUGUCAGCGGAUGAAGAGCAGCAAGCAAAAAAAGGCGGGACUACUGCAGCCUCUUCCUGUCCCAGAACAGCCAUGGCAAGUGGUUAGCCUAGACUUCAUCACCGGGUUACCACCUACCACCAGCGGUCAUGACGCAAUCCUUGUCGUCAUCGACAAGUUCUCCAAAAUGGGACACUUCAUCCCGACACACACGACGGCGCGCACCGAGGAGACAGCACAACUCUUUGUUCGUCACAUCAUCUCACAGCAUGGCAUUCCAACCACACUCAUCGCCGACCGAGACCCCAAGUUCACCAGCAAGUUCUGGAAGGAACUUAUGUCUCUUCUCGGAACCAAACUUGCCAUGUCAUCCGCUUACCAUCCGCAGACAGACGGACAGACCGAGCGCCUCAACCAAAUUGUUGAGCAACUCCUCCGAGCAGCUUGCAAGGACGAGAUCUCCAAAUGGGACCUGCACCUGCCCGUUCUGGAGUUUGCUUACAACAACGCCACACAUGCCGCUACUGGACAGACGCCGUUCUUCCUCUGCUACGAACGCCACCCACUUACACCACAGAAACCGACCAUAUCCGCUACAGAAACGCUACGCCCGCCUACUCCUCUCCGCUGCCCACUCUGCUCCUCUCCGCUGCCCUCUCUGCUCCUCUCCGCUGCCCUCUCUGCUCCUCUCCGCUUCCCACUCUGUUCAUCUCCGCUGCCCACUCUGCUCCUCUCCGCUGCCCUCUCUGCUCCUCUCCGCUGCCCUCUCUGCUCCUCUCCGCUGCCCACUCUGCUCCUCUCCGCUGCCCUCUCUGCUCCUCUCCGCUACCCUCUCUGCUCCUCUCCGCUGCCUUCUCUGCUCCUCUAGCGAAAGGCGCUGAUCGAAAGGCGCUUAAC